AUACUUUCUGUUACCAACAACACAGAAUGUGCGAAGCUACUGGAGGAAAUCAAAUGUGCACACUGCUCACCUCACGCUCAGAAUCUAUUCCACUCACCUGAGAAAAGGGAAACACCUGAAAGAGAACUAAUUCUUCCCUACCUGUGCAAAGACUAUUGUAAAGAAUUCUAUUAUACUUGCAGAGGUCAUAUACCAGGUUUUCUCCAAACUACAGCUGAUGAGUUUUGCUUUUACUAUGCAAGAAAAGAUGGUGGUGUAUGCUUUCCAGAUUUUCCAAGAAAACAAGUGCGAGGGCCAGCUUCUAACUCCCUGGACCACAUGGAAGAAUAUGACAAAGAGGAAGAGAUCAGCAGAAAGCACAAGCACAAUUGCUUCUGUAUUCAGGAGGUUGUGAGUGGACUAAGGCAGCCUGUUGGAGCAGUACAUUGUGGGGAUGGAUCCCAUCGCCUCUUUAUUCUUGAGAAAGAAGGAUAUGUGAAGAUUUUCAGUCCUGAAGGAGACAUACUCAAGGAACCUUUUUUGGAUAUACACAAGCUUGUUCAAAGUGGAAUAAAGGGAGGAGAUGAAAGAGGACUGUUAAGCCUUGCAUUCCAUCCCAAUUACAAGAAAAAUGGAAAGCUGUAUGUGUCUUAUACCACCAACCAAGAACGGUGGGCUAUUGGACCUCACGACCACAUCCUUAGGGUCGUAGAAUACACAGUGUCCAGGAAAAAUCCACACCAAGUUGAUAUGAGAACAGCAAGAGUGUUUUUAGAAGUAGCAGAACUACAUCGAAAACACCUAGGAGGACAGCUUCUGUUUGGCCCAGAUGGUUUCCUAUACAUUUUUCUCGGAGAUGGCAUGAUCACUCUAGAUGAUAUGGAGGAGAUGGAUGGUUUAAGUGAUUUUACAGGUUCUGUAUUGCGCCUUGACGUAAAUACUGACCUGUGCAAUGUCCCUUAUUCCAUACCACGGAGCAACCCACAUUUUAACAGUACAAACCAACCUCCUGAGAUUUUUGCACAUGGACUCCACAAUCCAGGACGAUGUGCUGUGGACCGCCACCCAACAGAUGUAAACAUCAAUUUAACUAUUCUUUGCUCAGAUUCAAAUGGAAAGAACAGAUCUUCAGCAAGAAUCUUACAAAUAAUAAAGGGUAAAGACUAUGAAAGUGAGCCUUCACUUUUAGAAUUCAAACCAUUCAGCAGUGGAUCCUUGGUUGGUGGAUUUGUCUAUCGAGGCUGCCAGUCUGAAAGACUCUAUGGAAGCUAUGUAUUUGGAGACCGCAAUGGAAAUUUUUUAACACUGCAACAGAGUCCUGCAACCAAACAGUGGCAAGAGAAACCCCUCUGUCUUGGCAACACUGGUUCAUGUAGAGGUUUCUUUUCAGGCCCUGUCUUGGGAUUUGGUGAAGACGAAUUAGGUGAGAUUUACAUAUUAUCAAGCAGUAAAAGUAUGACACAGCCUCACAGCGGAAAACUCUACAAGAUCAUUGACCCAAAAAGGCCUUUAGUCCCUGAAGAAUGCAAAAGAACAGCUCAGUCUGCACAGGUACUGACAUCUGAAUGCUCAAGGCAUUGUCGGAACGGGCACUGCACUCCCACAGGAAAAUGCUGCUGUAAUCAAGGCUGGGAAGGAGAGUUCUGCAGAACUGCAAAAUGUGAUCCAGCCUGUCGACAUGGAGGUGUCUGUGUAAGGCCUAAUAAAUGCUUAUGUAAAAAAGGCUAUCUCGGCCCCCAGUGUGAACAAGUGGAUAGAAACAUCCGAAGAGUGACAAGGGCAGGUAUUCUUGAUCAGAUCCUAGACAUGACAUCCUAUUUGCUGGAUCUAACCAGCUAUAUUGUAUAGUUUCUGGGACUAUUUGGAAACUUCACUUUCAACGGGCAUUUGUUUUGAAUCCUGUCAUUUUUAAAAGACUGUUAUCCUGCAACAAAUACCGGUGAUUUACUUUAUUAAUUUAAGUACAAUAUCCACGAAUGUGCAGAUAAACUCUUUGUAUGUGCGUAAACAUAUCUGUACGUCUCCACAGACGUGCCGAUAUCCAAUACGUGCACACAUACACAUGCACGCACUAUCACAAAUACGGUUUUACAGCUAGUGGAAUUUUUUUUUAUAUUUAUUUCUUCAUGAGAAAUAGUUUACAAAGUAAUUCCACUGUAAACCACAUUUUCAUCAAAGGACUUUCGUGAUGUCUAAAUGGAUUCUUUGACAUCCCAGAAACCUCAUGUCUGUACCUAUCUGGUUCUAGCAAUAAGAGAGCAGUUUUCAAACACCGCUGUAUAAACUGCUGGACUUAAUAAAAUCCAGUUGUAACAGUUUCUAAGGUGAACGGAACUACAUCAUGAGACAAUAUUUCAGAACUCCUUAAUGCAUUCCUAUCUAGGCAAUUCAUUGUAAGACUGUAACCUUCACCUUCAUCAAUGUAACUCUAUUACAGAAUGUUACGCAUUUCUUUAUCUAGCAUAGAUGCAAAAAUCUGGUUAUCGCAGCUUAAUAUCAAGAUUGUUUCAAGUGUUUAAUAAUUAAAUUAUAUUCGCAUAUUUCAAAACCAGUCAUCCUAGAAGGUCUGCUUUUUAUCAUAUAUUUUAUUUAACGAUGGGCACUGGGUUCAUGUUACAUAUUUAUAUUAUUUUAUUUUAUUUUUAUAAUAUAGACAUCACCUAGAUGAGACAGCUUUACCAUGUCCUGUAAAAUACUAAAGUUACAUUUUUCACCAACUUAAUUGGAAAGACGGGGAAAGAGAGAGCAAACACACUCUUUAAUGUGUUGUGGAUCUAAUCUAGAAAUGUAUCCUUGUGUCAACUUGUAUUCAUUUACGA